UUGCCGAAACCUCGAGCGCCACGUUUUGAUAUAAUCGGUGAUUGCCUUCUAAAUGCUUCCGGCAUUGCUGCCGUUGUUAUUGCGGUUCACAUAUCGAUGGCUAAACUGUUGGCUAAGCGAAUGAAAUAUGUUGUUGAUUCGGGCCAGGAGCUUUAUGCGCUGGGCUUUGCAACACUGCUUGGCAGUUUUUUCUCAAUAUAUCCUGUGGCUACAGCUCUCGGCCGAACAAUGGUCAGUGUGGAGAGUGGCUCGAAAACACAGGUUUUUUUUUCUAAUAAUGUUUGUAAAGCCAAAAAGCUUGUUUAGUG